AUGUGGAAGCCAAAAGUGCUUUUCGCGGUUUUGACCGCCCUUCCAUUCUCUGCUGGGAGGUGGACCAACGGCCGCUCGGUACACGUCCCACUGGCAUCAUUCUUCAACAACAAGGCGUUCGGCUCCGCUCCGGGCGAAGCAGCCUUGAAUACCCUCAAUGAGUCCUACCCGGCAGACACAGUCGGGGUCAAUGGCGUGUACCGAUCUGCCGACACCGGCAUCUCGUAUCUGUUCCCCGGCUAUGAUCCGGACAAGAAUGCCAAAGACAACCUCAUCUGCUCCGGGCAGACGAUUGAAGUUGAUCCAUCAGGAUCCUACUUCGCGGCGUCCAUGCUACUCGCGUCGGACACGCGAUCGACCACUGUUUCGGGAAACGUCACUUUGCUAUAUACGGACAACACAACGUCGACGGCCGAGAUCAGAGCGCAUGCCUUUUGGUGGUUCUUGGCGAUCCGCCGGGGGGAAAUCACGUUUCCGUAUUUCUUUACGCACAACGAUACCAAUCACAAUGCGACUCAUAUCUACGAGCGCUCGGUCAUCAUUGAGCCGGGCAAGACGCUGCGGGGGAUCGUGCUCCCCAACACCACCAAUACCACGACAGGUCGACUGCACAUGUUUUCGCUGUCGCUCUGGGAGACCAAGGCUGCUGGCAUCCAAAUACAAAACGUGCGGCCUACACAAAAUACCAACGAGCAAGGGCGCCAGCUGGUGGAGGUGGUGGUAGACCACGCUGGGCGCAGUGGCUGUGUCUCGAAUAUGGCUGUCGCGAUAGAGGGCCGCGGCGUCAGGACACCAUCACCGACAAUUGUCAAGAGGCUCUGCUCCGGCGACCAAAAGAGGAUCCUAGUUGCUGUGAUGGGCGCUGCGUCCGACGCUAUCGUGAAAGUGUCCCUGAAGGCCAGGAAGCAGCCGCAUAUCGAAGCCAGCUUCGACCAUGUGGAUGUCGGGAUACGCGAUUGGGACAGCCAAUCCACGAGCCUAGUCAAGCACGAGGCCCCUGAGUGGUACGAUGGCGCCAAGUUUGGCAUCUUCAUCCACUGGGGUCCCUAUUCGGUUCCUGGCUGGGGCAAUUCGACCCCUUCCGAAAGCUACGCCGAGUGGUUCUGGUGGUACUCGACGAGAGUCAAAGAGCACGCGGCGGCAGAUCGAUCGGGGUUCAACGCGUAUCGCCUCCGUACCUUUGGCCCGGAUCUCAACUACGAUGACUUUUUCGAAAACUACACCGCUUCAAAGUACGAACCAAAGGAAUGGGUAGAUCUUUUCGCCGACUCGGGGGCAAAGUAUUUCGUCUUCACGACGAAACAUCACGACGGAUUCGCCAACUUCAACACCGGAGCAAGCACCAACCGAUCGUCUUUGCAUUAUGGACCGCAUCGAGAUCUCCUUGCUGAGCUGUUUGAAGCUGCUAAGAAGCACCAGCCGCAUCUGAAGCGUGGGACCUACUUUUCUCUGCCGGAAUGGUUCAACCCCGACUGGGGCAAGUACGGCUUUACGCAGUUCGACCGCGUAACGUCUACCUCGCAUCCGGGCAUCAUCGCCAGAAAUCCCUACACGGGGUUGAACGAGCCGUACACAGGGCGCCUGCCGAUCGGGGACUUUAUCGACGACCUCAUGGUGCCCCAGAUGAAGACACUGGCAUAUGAGUACGACACCGAUAUCAUGUGGUGCGAUGCCGGUGCCUCCAACGGCACAGACGUGUUUGCGGCCGAGUGGUUCAACUGGGCGCGGUCCAAGGGCAGGCAAGUCGCCAUCAACGACCGGUGCGGCAGUCCCUGGGCCGCAGACUUCGACACCCCCGAGUACGCUACCUUUAGCGUGGCGCAGGCUCGGAAGUGGGAGAGCAGCCGGGGGAUGGACCCCUUCAGCUACGGGUUCAACCGCGCGACGUCGGCGGACGAGUACAUGAACGCCACGACGCUGGUGCACAACCUGGUGGACAUUGUGAGCAAGAACGGGAACCUGCUGCUCAACAUUGGGCCGCGCGCGGACGGGUCUAUCCACGAGACAAUGAUGGAACACCUCCGUGAAGCCGGUACUUGGAUCAACCGCCACGGCGCGGCCCUCUUCAACACGACCUACUGGUACGUGACGCCGGAGGAGGGGGACCUGCGCUUCACGCAAACGAAUGAUGCUUUUUACGUCCUGAGCCUCCAAGAGCCGGCCAAGGGCCCCAUGUCAAUCGCGGCCAAGGUUCCGAUUGUGCGCGGCGACAAGAUCGUGGCUCUGGGCAUGGACAAGGACAGAGCCGUUGAAUGGAGCUUUUCUGAAGCGGGACAAGUGACGCUUGAAGUGACCGAGGACAUGAUCACUGCCGACAAGUAUUGCUGGGUUUUCCAAAUUAAGUAUUCCAGUAAAUGUUAG